AUGGCGGAGAAGCACGGCGCCGGGCUCAAAGAGCUCAGCGAGCUGGACCUCGGGGCCGAAAUUGUGCUCGUGGAUUGGGAAGAAGAUGACCCCGAGGUUGCGAUCAUGACACGACCAGCUAACCUAGCAGAACCCCCUGUAUUGGCCGCUAGCCAAGAAAUACCUCAACACGGCGAUCCCGCUGUACAUCUGCGGCCUGACGAGCAUGAACGGCGCGUCGCCGGGCAUAAUGGCGCACUGGGGCACGACCUGGUUCCACACCUCGCGUCUCGGGUUCGCGACGAGCGGCACAGCGUACCUUGUCUCCUUCGCUGUUGCGUCGCUCGUGACAGCCCCGCUGUCCGAGCUCUUUGGGAGGAAGAGGAUCUAUCAGGUCGCGACGCUGCUGAGCGCGCUCCUCUUCCUGCCCCAGGUGUUCACGCAUAG